AUGUCCGCCGAGGACCAGAAGAGGCAGAAGAAGAAGUCCACCACCCGUGGCACCACCACCAGGCGCUUGCCCUUCAAGGCUAAGAGGAAGGUCAAGUUUGCUUGGCCCAAGAGGAAGAAGGCCCCUGUCAUCCUUGUCGACGACGACAGUCUGGCCACGUCAGUUGGCGACAGCAAGAAGCGCAUGAAUCAAGACGGCGAGACCGCCGAGGAGAAGGCCGAGCGCAAGAAGCAAAAGAAGGAGAGGUCGCAGCAACCGCGAGGCGGCCACUACCACUUGCGACUUCAUUCGAGAAAGCAGUCAAACUGUAUCGUCCUUUACCAAGCGAAGGCGGAGCCACCAUCCAGCUCCAGGGUUGUGGCGCUCUUGGAGAGUGCAGCGCCCAAGAAAGGUGAAAGCCGACGCAUUGCCUCCAGUAGAGUCCGCACCCAAUCCAAAUGA